AUGGGAUUUUUGGAGUUCUUUAAAGACUUCUUCCUGAGUUUCUGGGACUAUGAGACCCCAAAGGUUAUGGUAGUGAAGAACAGGAGACUGGGCGUCAUUUACAGAUCUGUACAGCUUCUGGUCAUCACAUAUUUCAUUUGGUAUGUGUUCAUCAGUCAGAAGGCAUAUCAGGAAACAGAGGAUCGUCCAGAGAGCUCCGUCUACACCGAGAUGAGAGGCGUGGCCAUACUGGAAGGCAACAUUCGGGAUACGACCGAGUACGCCAAGCCGUCUGAGGGUGGUGAUGUCAUCAGUACGAUACUGAGGAGGGAGGUGACACACGAUCAGACACAGGGCACAUGUGCUGAGCAUUUCAGCAUCCCAAAUGCAAACUGUACCUCUGAUGCUGAUUGUAACCCGGGUGAGCUGGACUUCGACAGCCAUGGUCAGAGAACAGGACACUGUGUGCCUUACUACAACUACACCUUUAAAACCUGCGAGAUCAAAAGCUGGUGCCCGAUCGAGGAGGUUGCUGCAGAGAGAGAGCCACCACUGGAAGAAGCCAUCAACUUCACAGUCUUCAUACGGAACGCCAUCCAUUUCCCAAAGUUCAAAGUGCUCAGGGUGAACAUCAAACCAAAGAAGCCGAAGAAGCUCCUGCGGUGUCAUUACCACCCCGAGACCAACCCGUACUGCCCUGUGUUCAGACUCGGCUACAUCGCUGACCAGGCCCGAGAGAAGUUCAGCGAACUCUGCAGAACUGGUGGGGUGAUCGGCGCGUUUAUUAACUGGAACUGCGACUUUGACGUCGAUCCAUCGAAAUGCAUUCCUACUUACUCGUUUCGGAGGUUGGACCUCAGGAAAACCCUGACCAGCUCGGGUUACCACUACAGGUUUGCCAAGUACUACUACAAGGACGGAGUGGAAUACAGAUCACUUAUAAAAGCGUUUGGGAUUCGUUUGGAUGUCAUCGUACAUGGACAUGCAGGAAAAUUUAGCCUCAUCCCAACCAUCAUCAAUGCGGUAACAGCGAUGACCUCAGUGGGAAUAUGCUCCAUCAUCUGUGAUUGGAUCAUGUUGACGUUUAUCGAUAAGCAUGAGGUCUACAGUGGAAAGAAGUUUGAUGAUGUUACUAAGAACCCCACCCCACCAGUCGUCACAGAGAUCACUCUCAGCAGCUACGGCUCCACCCACUCUGACCUCUCGGACGGGGUGCCAUUGUGA